AUGAAAAGAAAGUAUGAGCAAGAUGAUCACACCACAUCCCUCAAUGGUGGUGGAGAAGAAUGCGAACCAACAAUAAAACAAGCAAAGGCAAAUACUUCACCUAACAUUAAUCCACAUGAUCAAAACAAAUCCAUAAUUUCGGAUAUUAAAUUCGAACACGACACUAAACCUCAUCUCCGAUACUUUCUUAAAUUACUCGAAGAUUUUGAUGAUGAUCAUGAUAAUGCUAAAUUCAGCCAGGGAAUAACCAAUUCUGUACUGGGAUAUUUCAACAAAUUUCUGAAUGGAUUGCCAGAAAUUAUUGGAUCGAAUAAUGAACAAGUUGAUGAUGGAGUAAAAACAUGGCAUGCUGAGAAAAUAGGAGCUGGGGGAUUUGGAACUGUUUUAAAAGUGAUUAAAAGGAAUUCUAAUGGUCAAAAUGUAAAAGCCAUCAAAGUGAUACCAAUCAUUUCAACAAUGGGACCAAAUGAAGCAGUCAGUGGAGCCAAAUUGGAUCAUCCAAAUGUUGUGAAGGUUUACAAUUCAAUCUUGAUUAGACAGACAUGUUGUAUUGAAAUGGAAUUUAUUGAAAUGGGAAGUUUACAAGAUUUAAUCAAGAAGAAAAUCAAACUUCCAUCAAUUGCAAUUUUCAAAAUGAUGUUCCAAUGUUGUGAAGUAUUACUAUUUAUGAAACAAAGAGGUAUGGUUCAUUCAGAUAUCAAGCCUGCAAAUAUUCUUGUGAAGAAACUUGAUUUGAAUUCGAAUGAAGUCGAGGUUGCCAUUGGAGAUUUUGGACUCACCUUAUUGAAUGACACUGUUGCCUCCCAAAUGCGAGGUGGAACAACAAGCUAUGCUCCUCCAGAGGUAUUAGAAGUCAAUGAAAAAGGCAAACGAAUUUUCAAAGCCAAUUUCAAACCAACAUUUAACACUGACUUGUUUUCAUUAGGUAAAACUUUCAGAGCUUUAUUCAAUAAUCACGAUAGUGAUCAGUUUACAACAGAUAUUCUUGAAAUGAUAGAACAAUUAAUUUCAAGUGAUAUUCAACAAAGAGCAAUUGGAUUUUAUAAUAUUGGCUUUAAUGGAAUAAUAUAUUUCAAUAAUAAGUCUUUGAUUUGGAAAAAUGAAAAGGAGUUGUCAGCUUUCUCUAGUUUGGAAUACCUUAUGAAAGAUUUAACAACACUCCCUCAUAAGAAUAGAGAUUUCAUUUUACAAAAUAAUAUUUUGCAGAGUGCACACAAGUCAUUGAAACAAGACCGAAAUUUCUUGGUUGAAAUAGUGGUCAAAGAUGUUAGAAAUUUACUAACAAUUGAUGAAUCAGUGAGAACAGAUAAAUCAUUUGCCAUUCAUGUACUGGAAAGAAAUGAAACUGCCUUUAAUUACUUCGAUGAAUCAUUAAUGAGAGAUAGAGAGUUUAUUAAUGAUAUUGUUGGACGAAAUGGGUUGUUAUUGAAAUAUACCACUUUCUUAAAUGACAGGGAAAUAGUUUUAACUGCAUUCAAAAACAAUAGAGAGGCACUUCAAUAUGCCAACGAAUCAUUGAGAAAAGAUAGGGAAUUUGUAAUGAGUGCAAUUCAACAUGAUGGAAUAGUAUUCACGUACGCAGAUGAAUCAUUUAGGAAAGAUAGAGAAUUUGUUUUGGCAGCAGUACAACACAAAGGAUUACUACUUGAUUCUAUUGAUAUCUCUUUCAGGAAAGAUAGAGAAAUUGUAUUGAAAUCAGUGAAACAAAACGGGUUAGCUCUAGAAUACGUAGACAAAUCACUUACUAAAGAUAUAGAAAUUGUCACAGAAGCUGUUAAACAAAAUAGAUUUGCAAUCAAAUAUGCAGAUGAAUCAUUGAGAAAAGAUAAGGAAAUCGUGUUGAAUGCUGUUGCACAAAAUGAACAUGUUUUACAGAUUGUUGAUGGUUCAUUUGUCAAAAAAAGAGAGAUUGUACUGAAAGCAGUUAAACAAAAUGGGCUAACAUUAGAAUCUGCAGACAAGGAAUUAAGAAAAGAUAGAGAAAUUGUAUUGGAAUCAAUUCAACAAAAUGGUUUAGCAUUAAAGUAUGCAGAUGAAAUGCUGAGACGAGACAAAGAAAUUGUAAUGAGAGCCAUUCAACAAAAUAGAUUGGCAAUUAAUUUUGUGAGUGAAUCAUUGAGAAAGGAUAGAGAAUUUGCCUCUGAAACUGUUCAACGGGACGGUUUAUUACUCGAAUGUAUGCAUAAGUCAAUUAAGAACGAAAAGGAAAUUGUAAUGAAGGCAGUUCAACAAAAUGGUUUGGCUCUCAAAUAUGCCAAUGAAAAAAUGAAGAAAGAUAGAGAAAUUGUUACAACAGCAGUUCAACAAAAUGGUUUAGCUUUGGAAUAUGCAGAUAGGUCAUUACGGAAAGAUAGUGCUAUAGCAAUAAUGGCAGUGAGCCAAAAUGGAUUGGCACUAGAGUACACUGAUAAAUCAUUAACUAAAGAUAGGCGAGUUGUAAUGGAAGCUGUUCAACAAAAUGGAUUGGCUCUUGGCUUUGCUGCGAAUUCAUUUAAGCAAGAUCAAGAAAUCGUAACGAAAGCAAUUCAACAAACCCCAAAUGCCCGUUUCUUUUCUUUGAUUAAAAAUUAA